UUACGUAGGCCCAUUAUAUCACUUGGAAGCAUAGGUGAGUUAUCAUAUAAAAGUGAAGCCGGAUCCUAGGGUUUCUGCAAUUCGCUGCGACAAUGACAAAGGGAACAGGGAGUUUUGGAAAGAGGAGGAACAAGAGUCACACUCUGUGUGUGAGAUGCGGUCGUCGUAGCUUUCACAUCCAGAAGAGUCGCUGCUCCGCCUGCGCUUACCCUGCCGCUCGCAAGAGAACCUACAAUUGGAGUGUGAAGGCGAUCAGGAGGAAGACUACUGGAACUGGUAGGAUGAGAUAUCUCAAAAAUGUUCCCCGCCGGUUCAAGACUGGUUUUAGAGAAGGUACUGAAGCCAAGCCCAGGAACAAGGCGGCAUCAGCAUCAGCAUAGAGGAAGAAGUAAAACUUAGUAUUUUUUGGCUAUAUCUAGUUUGAGAGUCUGAAUACAUUUAUAUCAUGUUUUGUGGUUUUGUUUCCUUUUGCUUAUAAAUGUUUUGAGCUUGGUUGAAUAUCAUUUUACACUUUUAACAAGCAUUUCUUUUGUUCUUUGCAUAUUAUAUUUCAUCGAAA